AUGUCGCUAGCUUCACCCCACAGUCAGGAGCUUUCGCCAGACAAUGCGCUCCAGGACCGUCACGCGCCAGAUCCCUAUUUGUCUGCGACAUCCGACCCCGAAGAAAUCUACUUCCAAGCCAGCGCUAUUCGAUUAACACCGUCGGCGAGUCCUGGACAGACAGGGCAGAUAUUGGGCUCUCCUCAGGACGCGGGGAUCGACUCCACACUACAGGCGGGCUAUUUGGACCCCCGAAAUGAUCAUAAUAGCGCGUGCACUUCCCCUCUUUCCGAACACGCCUUCGUCGAACCGCAGGCGAUUGAAUUGGCCAGUGGCUCGAGUAGCUGGCGCGAUGAGAGCUUUUCUUCCUACCGGACGGACAAUUCCGUGCCUGUCGAUCCUGUGUGGUCUUCGCCCAUGGCCCCAAAUGUGUUCCAGUGGACGAGGACGAGCUCGGAGAUGAAUCAGAAUCCAUCGGGCGCUAUGCCAAGUCUAGAAUUUGACAAUACCAACACCGUGCAGUCGAUUCCCCGCUCUUACCAAGCCGGUCUUGGUGUCUCGCAUGUCCCAUUGAAUGAGCCAUCCCGACUCACCGCUACGACUAACCAGGAGUCAAGUAAUGAGCUGGCAUCGGACAUGACCAGGGGAAGGAGUCCAGUCUUCAAGAUUGAGACUUUCUCUCGAGGCGAUUCACCAAAAGGACGUACGACUGGCCACCAGAGGCACCGCAGCCAAUCUUCUGCGCACCUCUCCGCAGCGGACCCGAACGAUCAAUCGAGUGAGUCCGGCAGUGAUUCCGAUGAUCACAAAUCCAUUUCGUCUGUCUCGGUCCCGCGGUCUCCAAAUGGCGAGUGGAUCCGACACCCUUCUACCCACCUAGCCGGUAUCGACCCAGACUCUCGCGGAAACGAAUACGUGCCGAGUCCUAAUGAUAUCCAAAUCAAGCGCGAAAGGGAGGAGAGGAACGAGGACAUCACACACUGGUCUGUAUCUGUGAGCUGCGCUAACAGCGAGGCCGGCGAUGAACCGCCUAGUCCUCCUCGCCGACACCAUGUGCCCAGCAGACUUCGAGCGAGGAGUACUGGAGAUCGUCCUCUGAAAGAAGAAGAUUAUUUCAGUUUGAAAUGUCGCUCUGCGGGUCGCUCGUUCCCCGGACCUGGGGUUCUGGUGCACGAAAGCAGUGAUGAAUUGCUUAGCGAGGACGAGGAAAGUAUUGCUACUGGUUCGGACUCAAUACCGGCCAACGUCGAUGAGCCUGGUAGAUAUGAUCGCAGCACACCCGAGGUCUAUUCAUCCCUUAAUCAACCAGAUGAAGGCCUCCGUUUAUACCCCUGGCACGACCCACCUCACGACUCGAGCCCGAGAUCAGAAGCUAUGCAGCCGACUAGCUCGACCGAUGCUAUGAUAGCUUUUGAGAAACGUGUUCGCGAUCUUGAAACGGCGUCGCUUACAGCAACAAUCGACAACAACAGUAUCAUCAACGUCACUACAUCUCUUGAGAAAUUCUCAGUUAAAGAUCAACCGAAAAGACGCUUAAGUCUUUUAAAACGUCCUUGGAUCCAACAAGCGUCUUCGAAGAUAAAGCGCUCAGCUUCCGACCUAUCCCUCAUCAGUCAAUCCAGCACCUACCCUGGACCUCAACUGCGUGAAGCACCAGAACCCCAACCGAAACCGUACUCGCCCCGGAAUGUCUUCUCAACCCGUCCCCGUCGGCAUUCCCGGUCACCGAGCCUGACCAAUGCUCUUCUUUCCAUGUCUAGUCAAAUGGCUGCCGUUGGGGGGAGUAGCUCUGUCCAAGCGGCCUCACCUGCACCUGCACCUUCACCAAAUCCAGAGAGACAUUCAUUAAGUCUGCCACUCAAGAGCCGAGGUCGGAGCAGAAGUGAAGUUCCUCGACCUUCUAACCCAGGAUUGAUGAACUUGAUGACUGCUCAUGGUGGACCACCAGUCCCGAACAUUACUUCACCUGGGCGGUUCAGCUCAGACGCUGCCCAUCCACCAAGAAGCCCAUUACUUGGCAUUAAACCCAUUUGCGAGAACAAAGACAAUGUCAUGGGAGACAGUAAGGGAAUUGUCAUGGAUUUCCCAGCUGUACAGAGCCUCCCAGAGCCGACAAUUGAAGGGUUCAAAUCGCAGAUCAUGCAAUUGAAUCCGAGACUUGAACCGGCUUUACUUCACCGUCUUGCACAUGAACAAGAUCGCCGCUUUAAGAUUUUGGUCGAAUUGCAGCAAAAUCAUUCCCAGGCGGUCGUCAAUCAGACAUGCAAGUCUCGGACAUUUUGUUUCGCCUCAGGCGGACAAGCCACUUUCCUACCACAGUCCAAGGUUCCCACUGGAUCGGAGACAGGUCAGAGUCAGUUCCGAGUCAAGAAUCACAGUCCGGGACAUGAACAACAUUCUACAGUGGAAACUACUGCCACUGCAGCACAAUACCCUCCCGGAGUGCCUCCACCGCCGGUCAACCAACUCCCUGCUCAAUUCGAAUGUCCGAUUUGCUUCGAGGUCAAGAAGUUUCAGAAGCCAUCCGACUGGUCUAAACACGUUCAAGAGGACAUUCAACCAUUUACUUGUACAUUCCCUCACUGCACCGAGCCCAAGUCAUUCAAGCGUAAGGCAGACUGGGUCCGCCACGAGAACGAAAAACACCGACAGCUGGAAUGGUGGACCUGCGCAUUCCCCGAAUGCCAUCAUACGUGCUUCCGGAAAGACAACUUUGUGCAGCAUUUGGUCCGAGAACACAAAAUGCCAGAGCCCAAGCUCAAAAACGGCAAGACCUCGGAAGCCGAUAUUUUGCCGAACAGCCGAAGAGAAGAAGAUGUGAAACGCUUAUGGCAAACGGUCGAAGAAUGUCGGCAUGACACGGACCGAACGCCCCAAUCAGAGCCGUGUCGAUUCUGCGGGAAUGUCUGUAGCGACUGGAGAAAAUUAUCGGUCCACCUUGGCAAACACAUGGAACAACUCGCCAUGCCUGUCUUACAUCUAGCAAAACCGAGCGCCCUAAGCCCUGCCCCGACUCACAGCCAUGCCAACCUCAAAGUGGAACCGGUUCGCGGAUCAUCGGCAACCUAUCCCUCGCCCUCUCUUACGUAUGGACACGAACCUCUCGAAACGUCAUCAAACUACACAACUCGAAACACUAGCACGCCCAUCCCUGCGUUCUCAUUUAACGGCCCUGUCGACUUCCCCACUAUCUCUGGCAGUCCACUUAUUGAGGAGCCCGAGUCCAUGCCGGGGUCCAUGACUGAUUCGCUCACCCCUGACCAGUAUGCGUACGGAGUGGGUCAGUUCGGCUCUGCGCUCCACCCGUCACAGGCUCACGCCCAGGCCCAGACUCAUCCCCUGCAUCAAAGCUCAUUGACGUACCCACCCUACGCCAUUCCGAGGCCGAGAACUCCAGAGUCAGAGAUGAACUCGUAUCAGUUUCAAUCUGUGUACCCCGCCGAUGGCACUUAUGCUUAUCAACCCGACAUGAACUACUCUUCCACUUAUUCCUCGGGUUGUCCUUCCCGGAUGUGA